GGAAACCCGUUUCGACGUUGAGCAGAAAAUUAACCGACGCAUUGAUCAGGAUUGCAAGGCUCAGACUAGAGAAUUCAAGGCAUGGCGACAACCUACCAAGCGGCGUUCGGGAAUCCGCAUGCACACAAAGCUGUCGUCGAUAGCCUCAACAGCCUCAAGCCUGAUACAUCAAACGACGCAGCACUGGCAGCGGCGUUAGAAGAAGAGGAGCACACGGUAUCAGACUCUAGACAUGAUGGUGAUCGCCCAGCGUCACCCAGCGGUGUGAAGGUCGACAUUGCGCCAUGGGAAGGAAACCGCUCUUCGCCUUUCCUUCAAGAUCAAGACAGCGGUCGUCAAGGCCAAGAGCAAAGACGGCCGGGCACAGGCGCAUCCCAGCAGUCCGGGACGAGGGCUGUGAGCGACUCGGAGUUGGCUAGACACUUGCAGCGGGUUGAACUCGCCGCGGUGCAGGAUGCAACUGGCGUUCCGUCAAGCCUCAUCUUCCCGGACCUCAUGUCGGUUCCCUCCAGCCGAGAACGCACCCUCAGUCGCACCCUCAGCCGUGCGCCCUCUCAACAGGUCUCCCCCCACGUGCUGCCCGCGCCGCUGCUGCUGCCCCCCGAGCCGCCCGUCGUGUCCGCAGACCGGCGGCGGCUGGCUGCCACCCUGGCGCUGUACGACCUGGUGGAGCUGCAGGUGGCGGGGGACGGCAACUGCCAGUUCCGGGCCCUAUCAGAUCAACUGUACGGCCACCCAGACAGCCACACCGAAGUACGGCAAGCAGUUGUGGCGACGUUACGGCGGCGGGCGGAGUCGUACCGGGCUUACGUGCCCGGGGAGUACGAGGAUUAUUGUACGAACAUGGCUAAAUCAGGCACCUGGGGUGAUCACGUCACGCUACAGGCUGCUGCUGACACGUACGGCACCCGCAUCGUGGUGGUUACCUCCUUCGCCGACAGUCCCGUCAUCAACAUCGAACCUGCCGUACAAAACCUCCAACGAACCCUCUUCCUGUCCUUCUGGGCGGAGGUGCACUACAACUCGCUGUACCCCAUGGAGGAGCCCCCGGCCCAGCAACCCCCGCGCAACCCCCACCCCCGCUCAGCAGCCAGCCGGCAGCAGCAGCCAGCCGGGCCGCCUCCCGCCGCGCCACCCCCGCACCCACCCAAGGGCUCCUCGCCGGCCCCUCCCUUUUCAUCAUCCGCCGCCUCCCAGGCUUCCUCGGAUUCGGGUUCUGGAUCCGGGUCAGGUGGGCCCCCCAAGGCGCCCAAGGUGUUUGGCAGUCGAAUACUAGGCCGGGUGGUGGGCCGGGUGGGACCCAGGGGUCGGUGAGCGGCGGGGAUGGAGGAAGACGCAGUGGUGGGGGACUGGUGGUGGGACCCUGGUGGUGUAACAUGACGACAAUGACGUGGAGUGGUGGUGGGCAGGAUUCUGCGUGUCGAGCUUUCCAUGCUACCCGGGGGUACGGUGACCGCCUUCGUCG